CGUUGAACCAUCAACACACUGACAUCAACGCCAUGAAGCUUAUUCUGCUAACUGUCACUUUGCUGGUCUGCACUGCCACCGCCUCGGUCAACGUGGCAUAUGAGAAACCAGUGUUUGGCAUCAAGAAAGGAGGCAGUGAAUCAAUAGUUGACGAUAAUGACGACACGUGUGGUUCAAUCGGCGCUGAUAAAAAGAAGCCUUUCAUCAAAAUCGAUCUUGGAAGUGAGGUUCAUGUGAAUAAAAUCAGACUGACCCUUGACGAAAGCAAGAAACGUAAAUUCGAUAACAGUGUUGUGAGAGUUGGCGUACACAGUACGGCGGAGGACAACCCUGUCUGUUUCAGAAUCGACGAUAAAAAUGCACCGGUUAACAUCGAACACGACAAUCUCGACUGCUACGGAAGGUACAUUGUGAUUCAGAAAAUGGGCAAAUCGAAGCGUUCCCUUCACGUAUGCGAACUCAGGGCAUGGACUGACGACGAAGAAGAUACAGACUAUGAAUUGGUCGAUGUCGCCGCUGGUGAAACUGUGUAUGCAGCUGGGGAGGGUGACUCAUCCAAUAUUGUUGACGGUGACGUGUCAACAUGCCAUGCUAGUGGCAACAGAAAGGACCCUUACAUGAAAAUCGACCUUGGAAGAAGCCACGAGCUCCGUAGAAUCGAACUGACCCUCAACAAAGACCGUAUCCGCGCUUUUCACAACUCUGUUGUUCGAGUCGGUAGCGAGCAUGCCAUCAAAGACAAUCCAGUUUGCUUCCGCAUUGACCAAGAUAAUGCACCUGUGAACAUUGCCAAGGCGGUCGUUUGUACUGGUAGAUACUUGAUUGUUCAGAAGCUUGGAAAAGGACGUGCAAUGAAUGUUUGUGAAAUAAAAGCGUUUAUUAGAAAACAAGCACACAUUGAACCAACUGUUGAACCAACCGAGCCAGAGGUUACUGCAGCACCAAUCACAGUAGCACCAACAGUGCCAGUUGCGCCAACUGACGCCAAUGAUGUAACCACCAUUCCACCAACCAUGGCUUGUACCAAUCCCGAGGGCCUACGUAACAUCGCUGUAGGCAAAGCUGCUUCCCAGAGUUCAACCAAUCCUAAAGUCGACGGCAUCGCAUCGCUUGCUGUAGAUGGAAUCAAAGAUACCGACUUGAGAUCUGGAAAGUCGUGCACGCAGACAAACAAAGAAUUCCAGCCAUGGUGGAGUUUGGAUCUUGGAUCGUCACAGGAUGUUUACCAAGUCAUCAUUACAAACAGACAGGAUUGUUGCUCUUUCCGUCUCAAAAAUGCAGUGGUACGUGUUGGAGACAGUCCCAACCCAGCUGACAACCCAGUGUGUGGAUUGCAGGUACUUGGAAAGAGAUCCAGACAAGAACAAGUCAUCAUGAACUGCGGCUGCGGUGAUUCUAUGACUGGUAGAUACGUCAGUAUUCAGUUGAUGGACAAGACCCAAAUCAUGCAUCUAUGCGAGGUCGAGGUUAUGACGCUUUAAACACACGGUGGCAUAUCAGGUGGCUUGUCACGUGUCGUUUUUUGCAUGUUAUAGAUGAUUUUUGUUUUAACAACUGUGAAAGAUUCUUACAUUAUUUUUCACACUUCUAUGGUUCAAAAUAGGCCAUUCGAAAUAAUACAACAGAACUAUUUGAAGAUAUAGUAGACAAACAUAAAGUCAGGUAAUCUUUGUCCUUGAUAGCUAUUUAAUAUAACUAGACGUUUCGAGUAAUGUACCUUUUACUUAUCAAUGAAUAAUCUGAAUUCAGAUUAUAAAUUGGUAAAAGGGUAGAUUCAUUGGUGUUAUUAUGAAUUACGUCACGAAACCGUCAUGCAAAGUGACGUCAUUGUAAUACUUACGUAUAUGUCAUUGCUAUGAACACUAACAGUUGCGAAAACUUUUUAGGUCGAUCUAGAAAUACAAUCUUUUUCACUAUAGUGUGAAAAUAUUUGUUUGAAGUUUAUAGCUAUUUCAUAGAAGUUAACAGUAUCGCUACAAUUGAUUUCAGAUAAUUGUGUCACAGUUACUAGAAACAUCUUUAAUGAAAAAACUCAAACCUUCUUUUGAAACAUGUUCGCAUUACGACAUAGAAAUAAGUAUCGUGUAAUAGUGAUCAAAUAUACAAGUACAGUGCACGUGAGUUUAGAUUAUUUCAGCUGUCAUGAAACAUAAUUUACGUUGACAUCACUGUUAUCAGUAUUUAUGGAUAAAAUAGUACAAGUGGUUGCAGUAAAAUAUAUUGAUUGUUGUGUUUUAAUAUUUACCUUUUUUCAAACAAGUUUAACGCACACUUAACUUGGAAAAGUAUAUGCUUAGUCAGCAUAUUUGGUCCAGUGUAUCAACAUAUAUUCAGCUCAUUCGUCUACUGUAACUUGUAUAAGAUGAUUACAUGAUAAUAUUGUAUUCC